AUGUACCAGCUGCGUGUACUAUCUCCCGGGACAACCUUACUGAGCCAGCUUUUCCAGUCAAUCGGGCGACAUGUCAGACGUACUACGAACGAUCCGUCCGGGCUCCUUAAGCGGACAAGCAUGCCGGUCGGCUUUCUAAUUGCCCUCGUCAGCCUACUAGUCAGGCAGUCGGAGAGCAGCAGUCUCCAUCGCCAGCUGUGUUGCUGGGGCGAGUGCUGUGGUGCAAGUACAAGUGCACAAAGACUUCUAAGUAUCCGAAAGCAGCGUGACCCAGACGAGCUCAUCUUCAAGUACAACACUGCUCUUCUUCCAGAUGACAAUCGGCUGGGGGUGAACAGACGGUCGAGGAAUGGCCGCUUAAAGUCAAACUUGAGGACACCUCAAAACAGUCUAGAAUAUGCUGAAACCCUUAGGUUUGGAUGA